AUGGCCGCGCAGCCGCCCAGCUCCUCGCCGCAAGAUGGUUCCGGCGGAGGCGGAUCCUCGGAAAAUCUGGUACUCCAAGCCCCACAGGCAGUGCGGGAGGAUUACGUGCAGAACGCCGUCAAUUUCCUCGCGCAUCCGAAGGUGAAGGGUUCUCCGGUGUCCUACAGGUACUCUUUCCUGGAGAAGAAAGGGCUCACCAAGGAGGAAAUCGACGAGGCCUUCCGCCGGGUUCCUGAUCCGCCGACAAGCAGUACGGAUGCUGCGGCUGUUGGUUCGCAACAAGCAAGCAAUCCAAAUCAAUCUGCGGGGGUGCAACCUUACGCAUCAGUUCAGACGCCACAAGCGCCAACUGGCUCUGUCGCCACUGGUCAUAUAGUCCCACAAACACAGACACAAUUUAGCUGGUAUCAUACACUCCUUGGUGCUGGUAUUUUCCUUGGAGUUGGAGCUAGUUCAGUUGUCAUCAUCAAGAAAUUGUUCCUGCCUAGGCUAAAAUCUUGGACCCGUAGAGUCGUUUCUGAAGGAGAUGAAAAUGCGGACAACGAUCUGAAAUCCAAGCUUUAUGAUGAAAUUAAAGAGGCUAUGGAAGCUUCCUCAUCAGCCUUUUCUGCUAUUGCUAAAACAAACCAAGAAUUGCUGGCUUCAAAGGAAGAAGAUAAGAAGAUACUUGUAAAGUUAACAGAAGCAUUGGAUUCUCAGGCAGAGGUGUUGAAAUCCUUGAGCGAGACCUUACAUCAUACAAGGGAGAAUCGGUUUUCGCAGUACAAUAUGUUGGAAGAGCAUGCUCAACCUGGACCAUGGAAUGGGCCAACUACUAAUUCAUGGAGAACUUCCCAGCAAACCAACAUGUACACAACGACGCCAAAUGGUGAUUUUGACUCAGGGAGGCAACCGUUCAUGCCAUUACCUGCAGAACCUACAGCGGGAUCAUUUCCAAGAUCUUAUGUUGAUCAGCGGGUGCCGAGGGCUGGGUACGGGUUCCAGCCGCAGAUGGGCUAUGACAGAUCGAACCCUGGUACUCUGGAGGGCUACUACGGUUCUCCUCCGUACUACCCUGGGGGCAGCAACGCCGUUGAUGCUCCAGCACCGGCACCAGCUCCGGUAGCGGUACCAGCACCGGCGCCAGCACCAGCACCGACACCAGUUGCACAGGAAAGCCCGUUCCAGCGCCACUGGGUUCCCCCACAGCCACCAGGGGUCGCCAUGCCAGAGGCCGCGGCCGCCAUUCGGCAGCCAAGGUCCCUUCCAAGACAAGAGCCACAGCCAGCAGCAAGCUCAGCCGAUGCUCCUAGACCGGCAGACUCUGCCGUAAAUGAGCAGAUGGACGGUGUAUCAUCCGCUGUCACCAGUGACGAGUCGCCUAGUAGCAGCGCUGCCGUGGGCACCAUGGCCGGCGCGGCCAACGGUGAGAAUGGAGAAGGGCCUGGAGCCGCCUGA